UCACGAAUUUCAGAUAUAAUAUUCAGAUAACUUGUAAGAACAUGAAGUGAUAUUAUCUGUGAUUAAGUGAAAGAAUCUCUAAAAAUGAAUCUCAUUUUUCUUCAGCUUGGAAUUAUCCUUCUUGGAUCUCAGACUGCAUUUGGACGAGGUUUGAGAAGAGAGAAAAGAAACAUUUAUAUUCCUUUCUCUACGAAGUUCCCAGAUCAAAUUAUUCCAGAUGAAAGUGUUUGCUUGCCACGAAUUUCCUGUUCAAAAGCUAGAAUAUCAGAAUAUACAGAUUCAAGCUUGCCAUGGACUGAGUUUCUAACAGAGAAUGGAGGCAGUGGUACAGGUUACAUAGAUGAUACACCUUUAUCUGGUCCAGUUGAUCUUCCAGAGGGAGUUGACCUCCCAGAUUUUACACAAUUUGCUGAUGAUAUUCAGGAUUUGGAUAUCCAACCUGUUGUAGCAGAAGUUGAUAAUUAUCUGAUCGAACAGGCAGAGGGAACUUGUACAAAGGAUCGUCAAGAUUACUGUGAUCUUAACAAUGAGAAAGAUUUCUUGAGUCCUGAACACACCAUGUGCAAAUUCUGUGUAAGUAUUAAAGUGAUGUCUAUAAUUACAUAG